UGGUUCCCAGCUGUGGAAAGGUUGAAAACUACUGUUGUACACUACAGCAAAGGACAAGUCAUGAUAAGGAUGGACUGAUAUUUAUGGAGCAGAAAAAAAAUUAAACUGCCUUCCAGUACCUACUAAUCUCUGAGAGUUGCAAUAAGGUGGUCCAUGCACACUAUUAAGGGAACUAUUCUAAUUAGCAGUGAAGUUGAGAGUGAGAGAGAUUUCCCCCAGUGCUUUCAUUCUUCUUUAAGUAUUUUAGUUAAGAACCCAUCAGAAUAAUUACUGCCACCGACUUCCGGUAUGGCGUCAGGAUGAGACAGCUGUGAUUAACGGGGCUCCGUUAUCACGCUGGUAAUUGUUCGGUAGUGGGCCGUGGGAUGCUCAUCUAAGCCCUGUUGGGGCGAAGAAGAGUGCCUGGGGAAUCUUUUGGAUGGUGUGAGGUGGCAACCCCACAUCUACUGGAAGAAAAUCAGGCAUUUCUCAACUGGUCAAUACAGGGGAGAAUCUUGCUCCCCCAAGUCCUCGACAUCCGGCAUUAAUAGCUGAGGAAUUUAGCUACAAAUGUGUCGGAUUUACUGGGAAAAACAUUUUUAUCUCUCUCUCUCUCUCUUUUUUGCAGUACUACCCGUGGAAAAGCUGUAUUUGUUGCUAAUUGACACAAAGGAAAAAGAAAAAGCCCUUUGGAUGGAGGGAGGAAUUCCCCCCCCCCACACGGAGUUUCAAGCGGCAACUGAAAUGAGGGGAGAAAGACGGAGCUUCUUAAAAACUCAGCCCUCCUCCUCUUCGGCACCCUCUUCUGCUGCUCAGAGCCCAAUCCACCAGCCUAAAACAGAAGAUGUUGCAAAAAGCUUAAGAGAAUUUCAAGCGACGACUUUGGCGAUACAGACGGCUUUAACAGCUUUGCAAGCAUCCGAAGAGGUGAUGCAAGCAUCCCAAGAGGUGAUGGCAAUAAGGCUGGGAAGUAUGUCAAAUGAGCAAAAAGAACAGUUUGACAAAUUGGACAAUUCUAUUAAGGAGAUAACAACUCAGCUAUCUGAUGUCCAACUUAAAGCUGAACAGAAUACGCAAAAAAUACAACAAACACAUGGAAAGCUGGAGACAGUAGAUAAAGAAACACAAUUAAUUAAACAAACAAAUAAGUCAAUAUGGGAUUCAAUGGCUGUAUUAGAGAUGGAGAAGGCAUCCUACUAUUUAAGAUUUCAGAAUAUAGCCGAAGAAAAGAAUGAAGACCUGCGAGAGCUAGUGACUGGCAUGUUGGCAGAGCUUUUAGAGACUGAGAAUGAGGCGAUGAGUAUGAGAAUUGAUUUAAUAUAUAGGGUCAACUCGAGUUACACCAGAAAAAACAAACUCCCGAGGGAAGUUCAUGUCAAAUUUGCUCUAAGGUCUAUAAGAGACAAUGUUUUGAAGGCUGAACAUUAGAAGCCGUUAAAGAGAGAUGAUCACCAUGAGGUGACGGU